UACCUUUAUUCUGUGCUCUUAAACUUCCUCUUUUCAUUAAACCCGGCUGAGAUAAGAAAUUCCAAAUACUUUUGGAGAUAUCGAAUUUUUUAAUUUUCAUCCUGUGCACUCGUGCGGCGAUAACGGUUGCUUGUUUACAAGUAUCUUUUUUUUUUUUGCGAUGUUCCCGAACGGAGAUACCUAAGAUGCACAUAGAGUUCUGCCAUUCCCGAUUACACCCGAACAAUUCACCUUCGGCCAACCUCGGGUUUAUUUAUUAAUAUUUCUCUGUUUAUUUUAAUGUAGCUAUACUAACCUAACUAACCAUCCAAAUGGUUUUAAAGUGUUUUAAUGUAGCUAACCUAUCCGACCACUUUUAAUAUUUCAAUUCAUUUUUCCUGCGCAAAAAUAAAUAAAUCCCGAGGUUGGCCGAAGGUGAAUAUUCGGGUGUAAUCGGGAAUGGCAGAACUUUAUGUGGAUCUUAGGACUCUCACGUAAACGAAUACAUCAUGUAAAAAGAAACUUACCAGAAAAAGAAUAAGAAUGGCUGCUGCUGCUGCUGCUGCUGCUGCUGCUGCUGGAGGAGGAACAGUCACUGAUGAUGACGAACUCACAUUGCCUCGUGCGUCAGUUAACAAGAUGAUCAAAGAGAUCCUCCCCAACAUCAGAGUGGCAAACGAGUCUCGCGAGCUCAUCCUGAACUGCUGCACAGAGUUCAUACACCUCAUGUCGUCGGAAGCUAAUGACAUAUGCAACCAACAGCAGAAGAAGACCAUCAAUGCCGAGCACAUCCUGUUAGCGCUGGACCGGCUGGGGUUCGGGGACUACCGGGCGGACGCGGAGGCCGUGCUGCGCGACUGCAAGGCCGUGGCGGCCAAGCGCAGGCGGCAGAGCACCCGGCUCGAGAACCUGGGCAUCCCUGAGGAGGAGCUGCUGAGGCAGCAGCAGGAGCUGUUUGCCAAGGCGAGGGAGGAGCAGGCGAUGGCAGAGCAGCAGCAGUGGCAGCACAUGCAGGCGGCCGCACAGCUCGUCACCUUGCACCAGGCCGGCCACGACUCCGACCAGGACGACGACUACUCGUAGGCCCGCUCGUGACUUCACCGUAGGAGUUGCCUACUGCUUUCCAUAAUGCCGAGAUCCUCAUUCAUCUCUGCUUUAAAAGAAAUUAACUCUAAAGUUGUAUUUUCGAUGCAGUACAUUACUAAUGUACUAGCCAUGAAACAAAAAAAAUUUGAACCUAAUACAUCCAAAGUGAUACCUCAACAACGUGCCAGAAGCAUCCGCCAUGACGGCUGUUUUACGACAGUUAACGGCAAACCAGCGGUUCGGUGUCGGGGCCACGUAUUGUUCUUGCGUGUUCUGUACACGUACAUCUCUUCUUCGGGUUCUGUGUGCUGCGCAGUCUUCCGACAUCGUGCUCCCGUGCCUCUUGACGAUGCUGUGUUUUGAGAUGCUGUUCCUGCGUUCAUCGCUACGAUCCACCAUCCCGAGAACUGUGUAUUCCUGAUCUUGUAUCAUGACAGUGUGUGGAAAUUAUUUUUUACUGUUUGAAAUGUGAUUAGAAGAAAGCAGUUUUACAAUGUUCUCUAGCUAUUGCUAAAGUGAAAUCAGAUUUGUUUUAUACACAGUGAUAUUGAAUCUAUUGGCAACAUAAAGUGUAAUCUAUGCAAAUAAAAUUAAUAAAAAAUUAAA